CACACGAUGGUCUCACGCCAUUAAAUGCUCUUGUGAGACGCCAUCGAUGCGGCAGCUAUCGCUGUAGACACCAACCGAUGGGCAGCAUGCGGCGGGCAGCAUGAAAGGGCUCUGGCUAGUUGGAAUAGCGGCGGCCACGCGCAUGGUGCCGCUGCCCCAGCUGCCGCCGCAGACCGAGGACCUCGAGCAAUGGCUGCACAGCCACAUCCACCACACACAAGCUAAUGAUGGCUGGGCCGCGUACCAGCGGCGAGUCCUCGACUGGUGCGCGCCCUUCUGGCGGCCGGAGAUCGUUUCCGACUACGACGUCUUGUUGGAUCGUGAUUUGUGGGAGGCGUGGUCCCACCACCCACCGCGCUUCGGGAACUUCACGUUCGUAUUACUGCCGUGGCACCACAUCGUGGAAUUGCACGGCUUCCGGCGGCACGCGCCGGGUCUGAAUUAUGCGCCUUUGCGAGACGCGGCGGCGCUCUUCUCCAAGCUCUCUCCACAUUAUCCGCACGUUGUUGUGUUGAGCCAGGCGGACCGGCGCCAGAUCCUGGUCAUGGAGCGCCGCGCGGGCGGCGCGACCGCGCGCGAGGCCCACACGCCGGGGUCGCUCAGCGUGGCGACGCCGCUCUCCGACGCGUUAAGUAAAGUGGCCGUGCGCUUCACGACGCGCCUCGAGAGCCUGGCCCGCCUCUCGGCGGGGAAACGGCCCGACCCGCACGACGUCCCGCUGCCUUUACUCUUCCGCGCGAGCCGCGAGGUCAACGCGUCGUCACAAGAGCGUAUUCAUCGAAUCUUCUUCCGCGGCUCGUGCACGUCGAAGCUCCGCAACCGCCUGGCGCGCGACGUCGUGGCGACGGCGACGCUGGCGGUCGACGUCGGGCGCUGCGGCCAGGGCGGCAAGAGCAAGUAUCCGGACUACGCGGAGAACUUGCGGAAGUCGCUCUUCGUGCUCGCGCCGCGCGGGUCCUACCCCGCCACCUUCAUGCUCGGGGAGGCCGUGCAGGCCGGCGCGCUGGCCGUCUACGUGUACGAGGCGCACAUGAUACGGGGGAAGCGGCUGGGGGGCAAGCGCGUGAAGGGCGGCUUCCGGCGCGCGCCCGCGGCGGACGAGACGCACUUGACCCACGCGGCGAUCGAGGCGCAGCUGCCCUACGCGAAUUUGGGUUUGCGCUGGGGCGACGUCGGCGCCGUCGCCACGGACGACGAAAUUGAAGCGCUGCCGGCGCGGCUCGCGGCGCUCGCCGCGGCCGACGUUCGGCGGCGGCUCCGGACGACGGCGUGGGUCCGGCCGCUCUUCACGGCCAACGGUGCGCGCCUCUACGUCGAGCUCGUCCUGUCGAGCCUCGCGACGGCGGGCGCGCGGAAACCGUUCUACGACGACUCUUAA